CAACGCAAACCCUCACCACUCUAUCCCCUCGCCAUCGGCGCCGCCAUGCUCUGGCUCCGUCGAGGCGUCCUCGCCCAGCUCCCCUCGUCUCCCUUCGCCUCUCCCUUAUCCCGUCUCCGCCGCCUCCUCUCGGCCGCCGCGCCCGCCAUCUCCCCAAGCACCGGGUUCGCCGUGGAGGAGUACCUCGUCUCCACCUGCGGCCUCACGCGAGCACAGGCCGUUAAGGCCUCCCCCAAGCUCUCCCACCUCAGGUCCCCUGCCAAGCCCGACGCCGUCCUGGCCUUCCUCGCCGGCCUCGGCCUCUCCGGUGCCGACGUCGCCGCCCUCAUCGCCAAGGACCCGCAGUUCCUCUGCGCCAAAGUGGAGAAAACCCUGACGCCCGUCGUCGUCGGGCUCUCUGGCCUCGGCUUAUCGCGUCCCGACAUCGCGCUCCUCGUCCCGCUCGCCGCCCACAAAUUCCGCCAGAAAGCAAUGGUCUCCAAGCUGCAGUACUACCUGCGCGUCUUCGGCUCCUUGGACACCUUCCUCCGGGUGAUGAAGUUUGCCAAUGUCCUCUCAUGCAGCGUCGAGAGGGUGAUCAAGCCCAAUGUUGCAUACCUGCUAGAGUGCGGCUUAGGUGAUUGCGAUAUUGCGAAGUUGUGCAUCUCAAGACCGAGGAUGAUCGCCAGCAACCCGGAGCAUGUUCAGGCAAUGGUGGCGUGCGCUGAAAACAUAGGUGUGCCUCGUGGCUCUGGGAUGUUCAGGCAAGCACUUCAGUCUGUUGCAUUCCUCGGCGAGGAGGAGAUCACAAUCACGGUGGCGUACUUGAAGAGCACGUUCAGGUGGACGGAUGCUGAGGUGGGCAUGGCUGUUUCUAAGUUUCCACCGGUGCUGAGGAGGUCCAAGAAAUCACUGCAGCGCACAUUUGAGUUCCUCAUCUCCGAGGUGGGCUUGGAAUCGGCAUACAUUGCUCAUCGACCCGUACUGCUAGGUCUCAGCCUAGAGGGCCGGCUCAGGCCCCGAUACUACGCUGUAAAGUUUCUCAAGGAAAAUGGAUUGCUCAAGUGUGACCCAAGCUACUAUACUGUUUUCAAGGAGUCCGACAUGACAUUCAAGAAGAAGUUCAUACACCCUCAUAAGGAAGCUGCACCGCACCUUGAAAAAGACUACGAUGCUGCUUGCAAAGGGGAAGUGCCCACUAAUUUCAGAUUCACAUAAGCCAAGAACGGGCUCUGAUGUAACUGUGUGCUGGUUGUCCGCUGCUGUAUGUCUGUUAGAUGCUGGGUUGGUGGUUGUUAACGAGUGAUGAAGCUGAUAAUUUGAUCCCUGGAUACUGAUAUGUAAUGUCACCACUCAGCAGAGAAGAAACCAUGGAUUGGUUAUGAACUUUUUCUUCCUCAUUCAUGUUUUAAACACAUGUAUUGGAACUAAGUAAGUGUGAGAUCAGUCCAUUUCAGUUUUCAAGUUAGUCGCCUGUGCAUUGAGAUAAUGAGCCAAGGUAAGUUCUCCUUCAUUUGUGGGUAAUGCAUUCCUAAUGUUCUAUUACUGUUUUUGCAAUUCAUAGUGGAUAAUUUGAGGAUAAAUCUGAUGCCCUUCCCAAACUAGGUAAAUGGUGGCUUUAGCUUAAUCUAUUUUUCGGUUAUGGUUUGUUAUAAAAAUCAUUUUGGUUUGCUCAUAUGCAGAUUCAUAGAGAUCUGUUUUUGCUUUAACUAACAAACUAAUGAUAGACUUAAUCAUUCAAAUCUCCUUUAGUUGGAUCAGAGGUAAUGAUUUGGAACCAUCGGUCAUAUUGGAAAUACCUACUGGGCUGCAGAACGAAAUGUACAGGGCUCACAUCGGUUAUCUGCUAAAGAGGGAUGCACACUUAACUAAACAUCAAACUCUCAUAUGGAGGAGGUUUGACAUCAUUUAAGUUUAAGUAAAUAAACUUAGGUGUGUCUGUCCAUUCUUAUGCUAGUAAUGUUAUUGAGACAAUGGAGAAACACUUGCCGCUAGUAAACUUAGGUGUAUUAUAUCCUGCUCUGCACGAUUGCCAUAAAUUAUGUGUUUAUUGUGGAUGGCAGCUUAAGAUUUUUAGUUCAUUAUUGUGUUUUCGUCCUGUGGGUAAUUCUUUGUGCCAAGCACCACCAGAAGGUUCACUAGCAGCUAGGUAGUGUUUCUUCCUUCUAUGUCUGAGCUAGCUCUUCUUCAGUUUGGCAAAAACUGAGUGAUUAAUUUAUUGCUUUGGUUGGUGUGAUUGUGAAUAUACGCACCAAACAGUUGGUAUCAUGUACAUACAUACUCUGAAUACAUGGUCUGAAUUUGUGCAGAGACUGCAGGUUCUUAGUUACUUGCCCCUAGUAUUCUUUUUUGUACGAAAAGCUGCAUAUAAUCUGCUAGCUUUUGGGGGCACAUUACUUCCAACUGGCAACAUAAUCUGUACUUGAAUUAAUUUCUGCCAUCUUGGGUGUUCAUCUGGAUAAAGAUAUCAUUGAAGUUCAGUGAUGGAUAGUAAAAUUUGAUACCUUUGUCUGUAUGAUUUUUGCAAGGGAAAAUUAAGGUUUUGAACUAUGUUUGAUCUGAAAAGACAAAGAAUUUCAGUACUUUCUUUAACUUCCAAAGUAACUGCCAAAGCAUGCUAGAAUUAGUUUAACUUCUAGUUGUCAAGCAGAUAAGUUGUAGUUAUCAUGAUCUGUUUUUUUUUUUGUAACAAAGUAAGCAUUACAUGCUGUCUGUACUUAAACCUUUCAUAUGUCCACUUAUCUCCAGAUUAGGUGUUUGCUACUCCCUCCGUUCCAAAAUAGAUGACUCAACUUUGUACUAACUUUAGUACAAGUACAAAGUUGAGUCAUCUAUUUUAGAACGGAGGAAGUACAUGUCAUUUUGCCCUGUUGUUAGUGCUCUGCUUAUUUUACUUGUCGAUGCAGGGUUAUGGAAAGGUUCCUGGGUGUAAGAAUUACUUUUGUUGGAGAUGGACGUUAAAGGUUUCAUCAAGAUUUUGUUGCCUUGUUGGGAACGAUAAAUGGAUAUUUUGUGGUGGUCCAUGCAGUAAUGCAUCAUACACUUGAGUGUUUAUAUGUUUCAUCAAGUUUGUUUGACCUAUGAUGAUAUUGGAGGCCAACUGUACAUUGACUUGUCCUGCCCAGUGAAAUGAUAAACCCGUUCCCCUUGUAAGUUGCAAUUGUUGUGAUUGCUAGGAGAGGCCUCUUGUGUUUCGCUCUAUUUCAGAGUGUAGCAUAGAUGGGUGAUGUCCAUGCUUGAAUUACUUUGCUUUCUUUAUCAGGAUUGUAUUAGAGUGUGGCCCUGUUGCUUCUUGGUAUCAUUACUAACAAGUGGCAUGUCACUUUUACUCAUGCUCUUUACAAAAAGUACCCUCAGAUUUUAGUUUACACAUAGUCAGCUGCUGGUGUCGAAGCUGCUAGUAACUUGAAUAUGAAUUUUCCUUGUUGAUCGCCUGAUUCGUGUCGAGUGUGGUUGAGUUUGUAGAUAUGAUACUCCAUUAGUUCCACCGGAAUGGUACAUGUAUCCUGGAUGGAGCUGAUGCAUACGUAUCCUUUUCUUUUUCUUUUCCUUUUUGUACAUUUAAAUA